AUGGGAACAGCUACUUUCAUAGAUAUUCUUCUCGCUAUCCUCUUGCCUCCUCUUGGUGUCUUUCUUAGAUACGGUUGCGAGGUUGAGUUUUGGAUAUGUUUGGUUUUGACGCUCUUUGGGUAUCUUCCUGGGAUCCUCUACGCCCUUUAUGUCCUCACCAAAUGA